CUAGAAUGGCUGGUGUUCCAGGUCCAUCACCAAGUUCAGCACCAUCAACACCCUCAACUCAUACGCCUGGAGAUGUGAUAUCAAUGCCUUCUCUGCCUCAUAGUGGUAGUUCUUCAAAGUCUAUUCCAGCUACUCUUAGGUCUCAAACAUGUGAAGCUGGUGCUGGCAUGUUGGAGCAGCCUUUUGCUGCAGGAGGAACCACAACUCAGCUGGAGCUGGAUGCAACAUGUGCAACUGAUGCUAGAAAGUUGGAGCAACCUUGUGUUGUCGGUAAAGGAUCAAAUGUGCAGUUGGAGCUGGCAAAGGCAAACUUUAGUGUGCCUAAAGCAAUAAAUUCUGAGCAGCUUGGUCACGGGAAGACCAAACGUGUUCUAAGGCCCGGCACUUCGCUUCUCAACAACGCCACCCGAAUAUUUCUGUGA